GGCUGCUGCGUUGGCGCUGCAUGCAACAGAAUCAAGAGUUGUUCUGCAAGUUGAGAGAAAGUCAACUUAUUGUGUUUUGCAUUGAGAUACAUAGUGAUAUAUAUUUAUUUAUUUUUUUUGCUGGGUGAUUAUCACUGAAGGGGACCAUGGUGAUGUUGAAGAUCUCUGCUUUCCUCAUUGCCUACGCCCUGGUCAUUUGCCAGAUGUACUGCUCACAAGCCGCCCCUGCCAGACCGGUUUUAGAGUCCAUGUCGGACCGAGUCACGCUCACGGACUACGAGGCGCGAAGGUUACUCAAUGCCAUCGUCAAGGAGUUUGUGCAGAUAACGGCGGAGGAGCUGGAGCAGCAGGCAACUGAGGGAAACAGCAGCGUUACAGCACAGAAGCGAGCCUGCAACACGGCAACCUGCGUGACUCACCGCCUGGCGGACUUCCUGAGCCGGUCGGGGGGAAUGGGCAACAGCAACUUCGUCCCCACCAACGUCGGCGCCAAGGCCUUCGGCAGGCGGAGAAGCAUCCAGAUGUGAGCACUGCAAAACCUUCAGGGACAUGAGGUUGAAACCCGACAAGAAAACACCAGAAAAAACCUGAGAAGAAAAAUCAACAAAAACAAAAUCAAGCAGAAAAUAAACACUGCACUUGCCCUUUAUCCACUCCCUCACGUUCUUCUGGGAAAAAAAAAGGACUUCUCGUCCACAUUUCCAUCCUGUUAGUGAAACCUUUUGCUUUUGGCAAAUAAGAGGAAAAAAGAGAAAAAAAGCACUUUAGUUUAUGUACAUGAACAAAUGAACUCCUGGAGAAAAAAAACACCCUAAUGGUUCCUCUUUUUUAUACAUGAGUAUCAUUGUAAAAUAAAAUGAAAGCUGCAGUUGUUA